AUGACAGCGACUGGCAAUCCCAAACCUGGCCCCCUGCCCGCUGCGGCAUUGGAGCAAGUCAUGAAAGCUCAAGAGGUGUUCUUCAACACUCUCAACGGCAUCACUGAGACAUUCGGCAAAUCCAGGGAGCUGGUCUACCAGGCUGCAAAUUUCAAUCAUCAACCAAAAGUACCUCACGCAGUAAACGGUUGGAACACAUUCCAGGCGUGGUAUGCUGUGGAAGGCGAACUUGAAAGACCAGAAGGCUGGACAAAUGCAGAAUGGGAAGCCCAUGUUCGAGAACAAUACUAUAAGCAUCUUGAGUCGAAGCAGGAAGAGGGUGUAGAGACAGUGCAUGAGGCUUUGAAAGAACAGAUUGACUGGUUUGAGAACCGGUUGAAGGCCCUUUGGCAGGAGAAGAAACAGAUGGGAGAGUUUGACAGCGUGUUGGGGAAGAUUAUGUGUCCGUUCAUCCAGCUUGCUGAACAUGUGUACACCAACUACAACAUCCAUGUCUUUGGCUACACAAUUGUUACCAACACCGAUCUCAGCAGUCGCAAUCCCAGUCACAUGUGGGGAGGAUCCCCUGCAUUUGCCAAAGCAAAAGAGGAUAAUCAAGUCCACAUACGAAGUCAAUUGGACGACCUUACUGCAAUGAUAUGUGAGGUCAAGAGAGUGGAAAGCGGCAUACCUCUCAUAGACCAUAGAAUCCAUGAUCUCCUCUCCUUUCACCCAGGAGACAAAGACAAGCGCAGCCGCAGCUGUUGUCUUCUAUUGUCGUUCAUGCACGAAGACACUUCUAGAAUCAUUGGCAAGAAGGGUGGCAAUGGCAGUGGCAAAGGAUUUGUAGCAAUCGACUCCUUCCUGAGAUACGCUGCCACCUUCCAUAUGAUCAUUUACAACUGGCCAAUUGAGGUCCACUUCCCAGGAACGCACGUCCAGUUGGGUUACCGUAGACUAACGGUACCCCAGUUCUCUGCCUUAUUGGGCAGUAGGGAGGAGUUCUUAAGGUGA